AUGGCUGCUUUUACGGGGAAAUGGCUGGUGGGGCUCGGCCUCAUCAUUCUGAGCCACUCCGCCUUCUCCGUCGCGCAGCAUCGUACUUACAUGCGUUUAACUGAAAAGGAAGGUGAAGCUCUGCCAAGAGAUAUAAUUCUUCAAACCCUGUUGGCCUUUCUAAUUACUCUUUAUGGCAUAGUACAAUCUGCUGGAGAUUUCAGAGAGCUGGACGCCACUUUGGAACUGGAGAAUCGGACCUCGGACAGUUUAAGGAACCAUCCAUCUUUUUGUAUAUUUAACCACCGUGGUAGAGUAUUGUUCCGGACAACUAAGACCAUCAUAAGCUCUUCUUCAAGCUCUGCUGCAUCGACCCCACCUAAGCAUGCUGCACCAAAACCUAAAAAAGUGAAAUCUCAUUCCCGUUAAUGUUUUUCCAUAAUCUGGAAAAUAAACUAAAAUGCAAA